GCGAGGUUCGGGGGAUGCUGCUGAACCGCCGCGGGGCGGAGAAGGCGGCGGUGCGGCGGCUUCUGCGGGCCGGAGGGGCGGCCAGAUCCAAAGUAAUGAAGAACUGGGGUGUGAUUGGCGGGAUUGCAGCUGCUCUUGCUGCGAGUAUUUAUGUCUUGUGGGGUCCCAUCACGGAGAGGAAAAAGCGCAGAAAAGGGCUAGCGCCAGGCUUGCUUAACCUGGGCAACACAUGUUUCAUGAACUCUUUGCUCCAAAGCUUGUCUGCGUGUCCAUCUUUGAUCAACUGGUUGGAAGAGUUCACAGUUCACACUGAGGCCAACCAGCCUGCAUCCUCUGGGAACCAAAGUUUAUCCCUUACAUUACUCCAGCUCCUGAAAGCUCUCUCCUGCCAAGAGGCCGCAGAAGAGGACAUCCUGGAUGCAAGCUGCCUGCUAGAGGUCCUGAGAACAUACCGGUGGCAGAUCUCCUCUUUCGAAGAGCAGGAUGCUCAUGAGCUCUUCCACGUCCUCACCUCAUCCCUGGAAGAUGAACGAGAUCGCCAGCCCCGAGUCACGAACCUGUUUGACAUGCACUCACUGGAGCAACCAGAAAUCCCCCACAAGCAAAUCCGUUGCAGAAUGAGCGAGACACCUCAUUCUGUGUCGAAUCACUGGAAGCUGCAGCAUCCUUUUCACGGGAGGCUGACCAGCAACAUGAUUUGCAAACACUGCAGGCAUCAGAGUCCUGUCCGAUACGAUACUUUCGACAGCCUUUCCCUGAGCAUCCCUGCCACCAAGUGGGGCCACCCCCUGACGCUGGACCACUGUCUCCACCAUUUCAUCUCUUCUGAGUCGGUCAAGGACGUUGUCUGCAACAACUGCACCAAAGUUCAGGCCCAGGGAACCGCGAGCGGGCAAGUCAUAGAGAAGCAGAGAACCACCUUUGUGAAGCAGCUGAAGCUGGGGAAGCUGCCGCAGUGUCUCUGCAUCCACCUGCAGAGGCUGAGCUGGUCCAGCCACGGCAUGCCUCUCAAGCGGAACGAGCACGUGCAGUUCGGCGAGUUCCUCGUCAUGGACAUCUACAAGCAUCGCUUCCCUGUGCAUAAACCAAACCCGAGGAAACAGCCGGAGGCAUUGCCCGAUGCAAAGUCUCCAGAUGUGGAACAGCUGGAUGGUAAUAAAUCCUCCCUUGUGAACGGUACCUGCUCCCCAUCAUUGCUGACCUCCCCCAUAGUGUUUCCCUUCGCAGCAGUUUCUGACUAUGGCUCCCCAGCGUAUCUCUACCGUCUGAUGGCCGUCGUGGUUCACCACGGGGACAUGCACUCGGGACACUUUGUGACGUACCGCCGCUCCCCACCUUCUUCCAAAAACCCGCUGGUGGCCAGCAGCCAGUGGCUGUGGAUUUCCGAUGACAUUGUGCGCAAAACCACUUUGCAAGAGGUCCUCUCGUCCAGCGCCUACUUGCUCUUCUACGAGCGCGUCCAGUCCCGGCUGCAGCAGCAGAGCAAGGAACUCCGAGCAGAGGAAUGACAGGGACAGAACACAGGUCCCGCGGAUACGCUCCUGCGAGGAUGAUGGCGCUUCUUCCGGCCCUCACAGAUGAUUCCUUUGCAGGCCUCCAGUGGCCGUCAUUGGCUCCCGCCACCCAAAGUCAGCACACUAACCUCGUGCUCUUCUGCGUGCGUGUCAGUGUUAGAGAAGUGUUCCCAUGUGUCGGUAAGAGCUCUCCGCCGGUGAAUUUCACACCGCGACUUCCCCCGACUGCACGAUUUUUGCCUCCGUUUCAUGUAUCGUGGUGAAACUAGCGUCAGGGCUUCGAAGGCGGGGGAAUGCACCUUUUGGACCGUGUCGUGACCUCUCCGGCCAGAGGGACGUCGAGCACCUCUCCGUCCACAGAGAACUGCCUUAGAAGAAUGUGCCGGAGUCCCAGAUGUGGCACAGCAACUGGUUUGUUGGUAGCCCAGAAGCAGUGAACACAGCACCCUAUGGCCAAGAGAUCCAGGGGUGGCUGCAGACCAUGCUUUCUGCUCCUCUUCUCACUCUUCCACCAUCUUUACUGUCUUCCUCUGCUGCUGCUGCUUCCCUUUUGACCCCCCCCCCGGCUCUGCCACAUCUGUCUGUACUGUUGGCUCUCUGUGCCAGCUUCAUUGGAGCAAGACAUGCUGGAUGUGUGAGUUUCCAUUCGCUGCGGCAUAUUUACCUACCCGGAAGCUGCAGCUCACCUCUCGUGCGACCUCACCUGCUCCAGCCAGGACGAUGUCUGUUGGCCCCUCCCAUGCCAGAGGCAGAGUAAUCCCCGCCCCAGCAGCCGGGGCAGAGCUCAGCUGGCAAGACCAAGGUGGGAAGGCGAAGAGAAUCAACAGUGAAGUGCCUUUGAUCUUCCAUAGCAUCCAUAGACAGGAUCCAUCCUGCACAGUCACCUCCUUUAAAGUUCCCAGGGGAUCAGGAAGCGGGGAGGCGCCAGAAUUCUUGGCUCCCUGCAGCAUCAGAGUCUGCAGCCUUUGGGGGCUCCGCGCGGUUGAAGCUGUAGCAAUCGAAUGGGAAAUGGAGGCCCCACAGAGCACGGUUAUUUUACCCCCACCAGCAACGCUCUUAUGAAUGUCAGCAUCAAAACGACAUGACAGAGUGAUUGCAAGAUCACGCUUCCUUUUAAGCGCCCAGCUCUGCAAUGAAACAAACGGCCUUUCUGGUUUCCUUGUGAUCCAGGCCACCCCAAAAGCCCUGCUGCGUGUCUUUGUGCCAGUUUUAAACCUUCGGACCUUUUUUUUGUAUGUUUUAAAAGCUACUUCUGCCAAA